AAGCGUUGCUGAUAUUAUCCGCUGCAGCACCGAUUUUUAAAAACGGUUGUACCAUUUCUUUUAUACCUGGUUGGUUUUCAGACAGCACCUUUCAUAGCUCGCCAUGGCUCUGUGCGGGGGUGUCGGAGCCAUGGCUUUGCCGAGCGAGCUUAUCGUCCAUAUAUUCUCCUUUCUGUCCGACCGAGACAAGCUCCGGGCCUCGGCUGUGUGUUCACGAUGGAGGGAGUGUCUCUUCUACCCCGCGCUGUGGACCGAGCUCAAACUGCGGAUAGGUGGGGGGUGUAACGGCGGCGGCUCCAGCUCCAGCUCCAGCUCCAGCUCCGAGGAGACCCCAAGGCUGGAGUUCCUCAUGCGGAAGUUCGGUUCUUUCGUGCGGGAGCUGCAGCUGGAACUCGCACCGGUAGAAGGCUACCUUAGCCCUCUUAACAACGACCCGCCGUCCACCAGGAUGGACCAGCCUCCCGGUCCUGAUAGUGAUCCGCAGCUCUCCGAGCGAUGGAGAGACGCCAUGGCCACCUACUUAGACCAGGUGUUGUGCGUGUUCUCCAGCAUCCGCAAUAACAGAAACCUGCAGAAGCUGAGUCUGUAUGGAGACACCUGUAUUCUCCAGCAGGAGGGACUAUUAGACAGCUCUAACCUGCACCAAAUUCACCAGGGGGACAAAAAGAUCAAUGAAAUCCAGCAGUUGUUCAUGGAGUUGUUGUCUAACAGCAGGCAGCUGAGGUGGUUGUCCUGUAGCUUUAUGCUGGGUCUGGUGACUCCCUGCUCCUUAGCCUGCCUGUCAAAUCCCUCAGCUGAGACCCUGCAGCACCUUAGUUUACUGGACCACCAGCUGGGCCCCCUCAUCUCACCAUCAGAAUUAGAUCGGCUAUCUAAUCUUACUUCUCUGGCUCUGGAUUUCUCUGACUUGACAUCUGAACUUUGUGGUCUGCUGGCAUCUCCACGCCGAACUCCACUGCAUCGCCUCUCCCUGCUUCUCAAUGGCGCUGCCCUGGAGUUCAAACCAUUAGAAGGGACUGCUACAGAAGACGACUGGAAGGCACUGGUUCGUGUGAGUGCCAACCUGCGAGUGUACAUCAUGGCCCUGGAGGUUGACAGCUCAGAGCUCCUCAGGGUCCUAAAACCUAGCCUUCCCCUGGAGCGCCUCCACCUCGACAGUUACAGCACGCUGGUGACUGAUGCCACAUUGGAGCUAAUUUCUCAGCAGUACAACAAAACGCUGACUCACUUUUUGCUCCUGAGGGAUGAUCCCGACUUUCCAGACCUCAGCAUCAAUCGCAACGAAGACCCGUUGGUCCUUUUAGCAUGGAGAUGUACUCAGUUGGCUGUACUGGUAGUACAUGGUUACACCGUGUGGUCCCACAACUUGGUAGCCAUCUCUCGGCUGCGAGGCUCCAGUCUUCGCAUCCUGACCGUCUCUGAGGAGAGCAUCGACUUUGACCCAGACCAGUCAGUGUGCAUGGAAGGCGACCCGGUCCAUAACCUGGUCAAGGAGGUCUCGCUGGGUCUCGGCCGUGUCUGGCACCCUUGUCUGGAUUCUAGCCUGGUUUUGUCCGAACCCACCCAGCACUUCCACCGUGAGCUGCAAGCCUUCACCAUGGGCAUGUAGGCAAGGAUGGCAUAUCCAACACAUUACAGCCUAAACUGUGUCGAGACCAGGCCAGACCCACAAGGUCCAAGUCAGCUCAGACCUCUGAACCAGGCCAAAAGCAGAACCAAGUGAUAAAUCUAAACUGGAUCUUAAAGCAAUCUAUAAAGUGAAUUCAUGCGAACUAUUGUGAGCUGAUUAUUUAUUUUUUGUGUUUCUUUCACAGGGAUUUUAACACACAAUCGAUUCUUACCAUUUUCCAACAGAUUCCCUGUUUUCUUGCUUGCCUUGAUUAUCCGGUUAGCCAUUGACUUGGGAAACAGAUUCAGUCUUUGAUCCUUAAAAUAAAUCCUCCAAUUAAGAAUAUCCAAUUAAAACUAGAUAGUAAAAAUUUAAAAUUUAAUUGAUUUAAAAUAUUAAAAUCAUUUGGUUUAAAGGAAUACCAAUUUCAGAGACUUGAUUCAUGAAAAUUUUUAAUUUGUCGGCUAAAGUUGUUCAUACUGCUGCUUCAAAUACCCCCUUGUCUGGCAUGGCCCUGUUGGGUCUGGUCUUGCCCACAACAAGUAUUCAGAGCUCGAUGUCUCUCCUUCACUUAAAUGACCUCCAGAGCCUCUGUAUAAUGUAA